CACUGUUACUUCAAGACGUUCCUCUUUUUCCAUUGUCGUCGUCAUGGAGAAUAGGAACAUUUCCCUUGCGUCGUUUUAUAAGUUCGCUGUACUCUGAGACUGAGUUAGUGCAUGGUCUGAUGUGAUGCAUGUUGUUUGCUGGUUUGAAGUGGUAGUGACCUGUAUAGGGGCAAGACGCGAAGAGAGAGUCAGACAUAUGGCAUGUAGCUACGCCAUCAAUGUCAUAGUUAGUGUCAUCGAAUGUUUUCAUCGAGUGACUAUAUAUUAAGAUCAUCAGCGUGUUCUUUUACUGAUUUUUUUUUGUCGUAAGAACUGUACAAAAAUAAAUUAUAAAUUUAGCGUUUCUACUUCAUAAAAUUACAUUCAUUAACACAUCUACAAUUUAAUGCUUUCGGAAGUUAAAAUAAAAUAUUGUUUCGCUUUUAAAUAAUGUCUGACCCAGGAACGAAAACAGUGAAGGUCAAGUGGUGAAGAAAGUGUUAUCUUAAAAGGAAGUUUUUGCUUAGUAGGUGCUCAGUGGUCGUUAAUUUCUUCUACUUUCAACGUGAAAAGUUCCGUGAACGCAUGUAGGAUGCACAGACCAUAGGAUGCAUGCAAAAUUCGCGAACGAGACGAGAGAUGAAUGCAGGAGAGUUCAAGAACUACUACUGUCGGUCUAAAGUACGAAGAUUCAGGUUAGGUAUAAACGAGUCUAAAGUGAAUGGUGGUGAUAAGGAGCAUAGAUUACACAGCAAGUGACAAAGUGCAAUAACUACCUAACAAAUGAACAGUCAAGAUCUGCGGAUUUGACGCGAGAUUUUUCUGUUCAUAAUUUAUUGACGUGUGAUUAAAAGUCAGCGCAAGCGCUCUGAAGUUUGGCGGGAAGACGAAGCCGCUCCGUGGCCCCGAGCAAGACGUCGCGUUGCUGCGAAUAACCUGCAGAGGAGAUGAUGCGUGCCGCUAUCAGCCAUCAUGUUGUCACGCGACUGAUGGUACACGUCGCCAUGUUGGCUUCCCUCUUGAAUCCUUCCGUAUCUUUCACCACCGCCAACACUACGGAAGAGUCCGACCAAGAGGCCCGCCCAGAACAGGUGUUGGGCAGUGUCAAGGACUCUCGUGGACUGUUCUCUCCUCGGAUGGAAUAUGACGAGUGGACGCCGCUCGGACGAGGGGACCCACUGAAGAAUGACCCAACUUACGAUUAUGUACCUCCAGUUCUGGAAAGAGUCCAUUACUGGAUCGAGCCAUCAUCUCGGACUCCAGAUCCACCGAUUCCGACUAUUGGACACGCUUCGAAAGAACCGGAAGUCAGCCUAGUAUCUCACAAGAGACCCAGUGGCUUUCAUAGAGAGACAGAUAAUUCGUCAGCGAACUCCAGGAGAGACAUAUACGAUCCUAUCUUUCUUAAAUUUGUAGAUGGACCAACAUUUUCCACACAGCAUCGAAAUCAGCACUACAUCUACCACCACCACUACCUUAAACGACCUUCAUCUACAGCUUCACAGGAGCCAAAGGGUGCAGCAUCCGUUCAUUACAUCUCUCCGUACCACUCGUCAUACCAGCAGAAGAAUCGCCCGAAAGAAAGACCACAUGAAAGCCACCCUCUAGCUGAAAAGCCCUAUCAGAAAGAGAACCAUAGAACAACAAUUGAGUCAUCAGAGCCAUCAGCGAAGGACCAUACGGAAAAGAAACAGCUCAAACCAUCUUUCGAGACUCCCGAUUUCCAAACGGAAUUGCAUAUUCAUAAAGAAGAGAACCAACAACCGAGACCCCCCUACACAAUGCUGAUGCCUCCACCUCUGCAAAUAGCAAAUUCUUUUACAAGUAUGUCAGACACCCAAAAACUGCUUAAAGUGGCAGAAAUAAAUAAGAUAACGACACAAGCCCCGUCAAGAGCACACCCUUCUGUUACACAUUCCAAUCUUGUGCACCAGCAAUCAUCCAUUUUAGCCACGCUCGAGUGGGAGGAAGGAAAGACUCAGCUAGCAACCCUGGCAGCAGCUAGCAGUCAGAUGCCCUGGAAGGUGUCGACACCUGCUAAACACGAUAAAUAUCCUUCCGGUAACCUUCACCAUGGAUCAUUCAGUGCUACAACUGUCCAGAAUCCUUCGCCAAACUUUGAAGUGAUACCAUCAACGGAGAUACAUUUCAACGACGGUAACAACGUAAACGUCCCCACACACCAACAACACUCGCAAUGGAGUUCAAACCUGGUGACAACAACAGCGACGAGUACUGCAGCAAUGACAACGGCUUCUCCUCUGACAACAGACCCACUGUUUUCGCACUACAAGCAACCGGUAGAACCACUACGAGGUCCGAUGUAUCUCAUCAUACAAGGGCAUUCUAAAGUUAAAACAUACGGGGCCAUUAAACAGCAGAAUUCUUAUCACGGUAUUCCAAUACAAGAAAGUAACGAUAUUAAUCAACAGGGCGGUGAUGAGCAUAGCAAUGACAGGGUCGGUAAAGCACUACAAGAUUAUACUGGGAACGGACCAGAUGAAGACCACAUCAUUAAUUCAGGGAAAACAGAAGCUGCAUACCUACAAGUUCAAGAUAAUUUUGAAUUCUUAACGAAAACCAGCGCAGAUAAUAACAAAACAGAAGAUUUUAAUCUUAGACACGCUGCAACAAAAGCCUGGCCUUUCACUGACAAAGAUGGAAUUCCCACAGAGAAAAAUCGACUGAUGAAUUUGGCUGAUAUCAGCCCACUUCGCUAUGAUACUGCUGAAGAACUUAUCGGAGAGUUCCGGAGAGGACAAAAGUCAGGGGUCUGCUAACGGAGCACACUUACAGCGCCCCCGUAAUCGGAUUCUUCAGUUGCUUGCACAGCUUGAAGAGUGCUGACGUGUUUAACUGCAGAAACUAUUUCUCAGCAUCCGACAAUGAAACUGUUACACUAUUGCGCUAAUGAGUGUAGGGGACCAGCAGACCCAUGCAGAAGGUCUCGAGUUCGAGACCAUAGGGAUUUAGUGUGGAUUACUCCAUAAAUCUAACAAAACUUUGUCAGGAGUAACAAGCCCCACAAUGUCACCGUGUUAGAAAUAUUCGUUAAGCUGUCAGUCUCCUCUACCAGCCAUUAUUUUCAAUACCAUCCUUUCGCAGGUAGAAAGACAGAUAUCCUGCGAGUGAAUGCUCCAGUGUACGCUGUGAACUCACACUUUGACCACGGCCAGGAGAAUAGAGCUCAGAGUGGACAGAGAACACAUCCUAAGGCAUAACCUACAAACAGCAAUGUUGCUUUUUAGUCCGGAUACUAUGAUUAAAGAAACAAUCCUGUCCACUUAUAUCUAUUGAUAAUAACGGAAUAUCUGCCGUUUUAUGAUUCCAAAAACUUCAUUAUGAGGCGACGUCAGCAAUUCAAAUUAACUCGUAAUAGAUACAGUCUCCGGGGUUGGAAGAAUUUUAUUCCAGCCCAUAUAGACGAAGUGUUCAGUCAUUGCAAGAGAGUGCCCAGUAUACAACUUUCGUUACAAAUACUGGCAGUAUUUAUAGGGAGUGAAUAUUUAUGAUGUAUAUUAAAUAUUUAUUGCUUUAAACCCAUAAUUUUAUAAGACCCUAUUUAUAUGUUAAAAUUUGUUCUAUUAAUUUUUCUUAUUUAGUGUGAUAUGAUUUUCGCAACAGGCUUAUUUUUUACGGUGAC